UCCGUUUCGACCAAACGGUUACCUGAGCUGGUACAUAGAUUAUGCACAGCGAUAAAUUUACCUCAUGAUGAUGGCAAAAUUUAAUUACCUAGGUGCAGACUUCAUUCCUUUUCAGCUUCAUAACUACCAUGAUCGCGAUCAUCGCGAUGAUCACGAUCGAUCACGAUGCCAGGAGGGUCAGGAGUGGCCUAUUUGAAACUUCGUUAAUAAUCAACAGGUUGGGGCAACGUCCGUCAGUUUCAUCAGUUUCCAUGGUAACAAGUAAACAAACAAUAAGUGUCUGCGCAUGGUCGGAAAAUGUAUAGUGAUGUGACAGCUGAUGUGUUUACGCUAGAAGAUGCUUGGAAUAUCGUGACAGUUUAUAAAACAGAGAACAUUUACUGAUAUUUUCAUGUUCUUAUACUGAUUUGAAAGAAUGAGCAAUUAUACAGAAGCAGUAGAUGCAGCCCAUAAAAGUGGAAGGACUAGUGGACAUGUAGAAUCACCCUCUCGUGGAAAAGUGCCAAAAUGGCUUGAAGACAUGACUGACAAUGUACGAAGAAAUCGGCCUAGAUCUUGGAGAUUGUCUCAUGGCUCACCCCUCGAGAACAUGGAUCAGUCUCCUGUAAACGAUGGAGUUACCUCAAUGCUGGACAAUUUACAUCUAGAGCAGGACCACCUGCUGAGUGAUGAGGAACUGCUAAUGUUGCCACGUAACAGCUCUGCAAGGCAUGGGAGACGAGCAGGAUCAUCGCUAGGAACAAGGUCAGCAGAUAAUAGCCCAAGGAAGUCUUCACAGCGGUUAUCAUCAUUGGGAGGGGAGGACUGGAAGGACAUCGUUAUGCCAUCUAAUAUUAUAAAUCAACAAAAGUCAUUUCUUGAUCUUGACACUCCAGGCCAGCAAUUUUUAUCUAGGAAUUCAAGGCCUGCUAGUAUGAACUCCAGGGAAGGAAAGGAGCCUACAUUAGAAGAGUCAUGGAGUUCUCUCAGUUUCUUUAAUAAGAGACAUAAGGGACGACUGACUGAAAAAACAGAAGAUGAGCUGAUCUCAUUGGCUGGUUCAGGGAGCAGGUCUCCAGUAGCAGACACAGAUGGCAGCACGAGUUCUUCUUCCAUAAAUAGCUUUGACUCUGACUUCAUCAUUCCUGAGCUCCCUUCAGGUUCCAAAAUGGAGCUAAAUAUCCACUCAACGUGGGGUGACAGACAUUAUCUCGGUCUGAAUGGUAUUGAAGUGUUCAGCAGUACAGGAGAGCCUGUCUCUGUGGGCAAGAUCUGGGCUGAACCUGAAGAUAUCAAUGUUUUACCAGAAUACACUAAAGACCCCCGAGUGGUAAGCAAUUUGCUGGAUGGAGUGAACAGGACACAUGAUGAUAUGCACCUCUGGCUUGCACCUUUUACAAAAGGUGCCAAUCAUUUUAUACAUCUUGUUUUCAAACAGAAGGUUCAAAUUGCCAUGAUUAGGAUCUGGAAUUACAACAAGUCAAGAAUCCACUCUUACCGAGGUGUAAGAGAUGUUGACAUCACACUGGAUGGAGUAACAAUAUUCCAUGGUGAAAUUGCACGUGCUUGUGGUGGGAUUUUGGGUGGAACAGAAGCUUUUGGAGAUACAAUUCUGUUCACCACAGAUGACACAAUACUUGAAUUAAUAUCACAGUAUGAUGAAUCAUUUUGCAGUCUUCUUAGUGAGACUGGGCAAGAUUUUGGAAAUUACCAUGUGGAAAGACCAAUUACUGCGCACAACGGUGAUGAACGACCAUUUACAUGUGCUGGAUCACAUUCAGAUAGCUCAUCGGCAGUUGACAGCCAUUCUGAUAUCCUGCUGGGAGGACAGAAACUUGAAAUCAAUCUCCUGGCCAACUGGGGACACCCUGCACUCAUAGGACUAACAGGAUUGGAAAUCUUAGGAGAUGGAGGCUCAAUUAUCCCUGUGGAACCCCAGUACCUCCAGUGCAGUGUCCUCUCUCCAGAUAUUUACAGGAUAUUAGAUGGUGUGAAUGUGACCACAGAUGAAGACCACAUGUGGAGCACACCAUUUCUGGAUGGUGAUGUGAUUGUUUUGACCAUCAGCUUCCCAGUUAUUGUGUAUAUUGCUGCUCUCAGAGUCUGGAACUACAACUGCAGUGCAGACCUCACUUACUGUGGUGUAAAACUGGCGACAGUACACUUGGAUGGAAAGCUUGUGUCUCCAGGGAUAGAAGGCCUUCUUACAUUGCGCCGUGCACCAGGGAAUUGCCACUUCAAUUUUGUUCAGGAACUUAAUCUUUCAGAACAACUGCCCCGUAGUUUUGUUCUUAAUGACACCAAUGUCCAUCGGAGUUCCUUACAUGAUGGACAGGCCUAUUAUUCCAUGCCACAGCCUACAACCGCCAUGCACAUGAGUGACGGUGGUUAUGAUGACCACUCUCAUGGACUUCCCAUAGUAAAACUCUCUCUCUCGCAUGGUUCUGAUGAUGGUAAUGAAGAAAGACUCAGUUUAUUUUCUGAUGUUUAUCCUUCCAUUACUGUUGGUGGUGUGGGGAGCAAUAAGUAUGGAGUUCUGAGGAGAAACUCGUUAUCUGUGGCAUUGCCGCAUCGUGAUGUGUUGGGGGAUGAGGAAUAUGAAUCACCAGUGAUGCCCCAGGGCUUUGUGUUCCAGUUACUAAUACUCUCAACAUGGGGGGAUCCAUACUAUGUGGGGCUCAAUGGAAUAGAACUUUACAAUCAGGAUGGAGACAAGAUAAGACUGACAGAAAAUCAUAUUGGAGCAUUUCCAGAUAGUGUAAAUGUACUCGAAGGAGUGAGUGGUGAUGUACGGACGCCUGAGAAGUUGGUGGAUGGUGUGAAUGACACUUUGGAUGGUCGCCAUAUGUGGCUGGCACCCAUUCUUCCAAACCAGUUAAAUCGAGUGUACAUAGUGUUUGACUUCCCUGUCACUGUGUCCAUGAUAAAGCUUUGGAAUUAUGGGAAAACUUCUAGCCGAGGUGUUAAGGAAUUUGAGAUUCUUGUAGAUGAUCUGUUGGUGUACAAUGGUGUCCUUGACAAGGUCACAGGUAUCUCUAAGACUUCAGUUAAAGUUCCUUACAGGACUGUCCUAUUUACAACAGAUGAAGAAUUACUGAAGCGGGAGCACAGCACUCAAGUUCGGAACAGUAGUUAUGGUCAUGAUGUGCAGUUACUCAAUGAUCAUCAGAGAGUGACUUCUGGUGGAACAUGCAUCUCUGCAGAUCAGUCACAACGCCCUCUUACAUCACUUGUUCCAGCCACACAUAGCAGAAGCCUGCAUAACCUGUGACCAACUGCUUCAUAUCACAUCUUGCUGGGUGUACAGGUCUGCUGAGGACUCAGGUAUAACUGGUUCAGCUUCCACAUCACAUCAGUGUUUAUGUUGGUGUAUGUAAUAUAGGUACAGCUUUCAUCAUAGUGUCAACCUAUUAAAAUGGAUUUAUCAUAAUCAUCUAUUCACGAUUAUUAGUAAUGGCUGUUAGAAUUGAAUAUUUCCUUGCUAUCAGAUAAAAUAAUCAUUUUUUUUCUGUAUAAGUAUGUACAUGAAGGAGUAGUAGAUUUCAAAACCCAUUGCUAUAACUAGGGAAGUUAUAAGCUAUAACUUAUGAAAACAAGCAUUUGAAGAUUAAUGUUUUUAUUCUGCUAAUGCAGAAAUGACAUGUUCAUGAGAUUUUAUUGAAGUACGUAUAAUAUUAGUGAAAUGUGAUACACAGACACAAAACGUGUGAUUAUAUACUGGAAGUUAUGAAAUUUAUAUUUGUUCGUG